GCGCGUUUGAAGCGUAAAUAAAACAAACUUAGGUUUAGACAUUGAAGCUUCACCACACGCCGUUCCUUCAAAGGGGAAAAGGAAAACUCUAUUUUUAUCUUUUGUGGUGGCUGAAGAAGAACAACUACGUAAGCUUCUCUAAUAGCUUAGAAUCCACAUCACAAUCUGGCUAAAGAGAGGCCAGCAUCUUUUAUGCAUAAUACGGAUUGGGUUUUGAUAAUUGGCAAAGAUUUUGGUUCACUCUGGCCGCUGUAACAAAUUUUAAGUCUUCUCGCACCUCUAGGUGGGUGUGGGGCGAUGACGGAGUAAUAUUGCUCUGUGUCUUGAGGAGAUCAAGGUCAUGUCAUGUUUGGAGAUUGUGUCGUAUUUCAGAGGGUUUGUCUCUUGAUUAUGGCUAAGGUCACAUUUUGCUAGGUUCCCAGAAGCUUGAUUUUAUUUGACAGUCUACAUUAGUUAACUUUGGUACUUGUUUCAGGCUUCUGAAAAUUGAUGCUCAAAAUAGAAUAGUUCUCUAGCCUUAAAAUUUUUAUGUAAUACAAGAAUAGAAGUGGAUGUAGCUUUUGCAGUGUUGCCAAAAUGGUUAGGUUUUCGUGCUUCAAUUCACAUAUUCAUUCACAGAAACCAAAGAAACCCUUCCAUACUUCUGUUGAAUCAAUGCGUAAGAACUUACAAGACUCUUCUCGAAUUAAAGCUCUUACGGCACCAUCUAAGACCACAAGCUUAAAUUCAUCAUUGCUGAAGGUGCAAGCUGAUACUGAAAAUACUGGCAGCAUCAAGAGUGUUACAAGUUCUGUGUUUGUUGAACAGGGCUGGAAAGCAGAGGAAAUUAAGGGCAAAGAAAUUAUAGGGAAUGACACCCGAUUCCAUCAGAAAGGCCUUAUUAAGAAAAGUCAAUCUCUGGGAAGUGGAUUAUGCCAUGAGGGAAGAAUUCUAUGUGAAAAUGAUAUUGAGGAUGACACUGAUCAAGGGCUUUCUAGUGAUUCCCUUGAUCAAAAUGGGAUUGGUGGACCAUACUGCACCAAGGAUGCAGGAGUAAGCACAACCAGCGAUCGGGAAAAUGUUCCACAAUCACAGACUGCCCAAUUUGGUUCUGAUAUUGUCAAUGGUAAAUCUAUCCUCUCAAUUGAAGAUCCUCGGCAUUCAGAGAAGGAAGGCCCUGAAAAUUCUGAAGUUCUGGUAUCUAGUGAAGGUGGCAAUGAAUCUAGAAAUCCUAUGCCUUCUACACCUCCAAUGAUUGAUAAAUCAUCCUCUUUGCCCGAUAUUCGCUCUUCCUCUCUCUCUUCUGGUCAAGCACCUCGUGCGAGAUCUUGUGAGGACUUACAUAUGCUACACAUGAGGUGGAAGGAGGUUUCAUUUUGUGAAGUCGAAAUGCAGGUGAUGCAAGAACAAGAAAGAAAUUAUAAUGAUUCUAAAACUGAGAAAAAUAAUUUUGAAAUUUCUCUUGAUGAUGGUUAUGAUCCUUACAAUUAUUCAGCUUCUGCAAAAGACUGGAUAAUACCAGUUGCAGAUGAGGUAAACAUGGCAACAAUCCUCCACAGAAAAUCCCCCAGUGGGCUGUAUGAUGAAUUACCAAACAGGGAUUUUAAAAUGAAGCGGAUUGAGGAGUGGAUUAUUGAUCUUCAACACUGCAGCCCAUUGGAAGGCAGUAAUGAAUUAACAGAUACUAAUCGUCCACUGAAUAGAGAUUCCACUGUCAUCAGUGGUUUGAGGGGCACAAGGGUGGAUACUAAUGUAACUCCUGGCAUGGAAGCUGCUAAAAAAUACAUCUCUUGUUUGAGUGCCAAUGCUACCACAGCUCAGUUGUCAAACCACGGGCUUGCAGUGAUCCCAUAUCUUAGUGCAUUUGUUAGCCUGAGGGUGCUUAAUCUAUCUGGAAAUUCCAUAGUAAGAAUAUCUGCUGGCGCCCUCCCACGAGGACUUCAUAUGUUGAAUCUGUCAAAAAACAAUAUUUCCACUAUUGAGGGUUUGCGGGAACUCACCCGACUUCGAGUGCUGAACUUGAGCUACAACCGGAUAUUCAGAAUUGGGCAUGGUCUGGCUUCUUGUUCCUCUCUGAAAGAGUUGUACUUGGCUGGAAACAAAAUAAGUGAGGUAGAGGGCCUCCACCGUCUGCUAAAACUAACAGUAUUGGAUCUGCGUUUCAACAAAAUCUCUACUGCCAAAUGUUUGGGCCAACUCGCCGCAAACUACAAUUCCCUGCAAGCCAUUAGCUUGGAAGGAAAUCCAGCGCAGAAAAAUGUUGGAGAUGAACAACUUAAGAAACAUCUACAAGGCCUUCUUCCCCAUCUUCUUUACUUCAACAGGCAGCCAAUUAAAGUCAGCACAUUGAAAGAUGCUGCAGACAGAGUAGUAAGGCUGGGCAUCAAUGCCCAUCAGUUUGAGCGUGGCCAGAGGUCAGAUAACAAAGGAGCACGGAAGGGUGGCCACGGACAAGCUGGCACUAGGCUGACAUCAUCAACGAUUCAUGGUCGUAAAAAUCAAGCUGUGGGCUCACCAAAGAGGUCCAGGGGUAGGAACGCUCGUUUGCCACCAACUGGAACUAAGGCAACAACCGACCAUCGACAUCAUUAUUUUGAUAUCAGUGGCAAACAUCUUAACUAUAGAUCAGAGAGGUCAAUUCGCAGGAGUCGAAGUGAGGGAACUUUGAGAGUCCUGUGAGAUGAUCUGUUAUGACUUCAAGAGUCAAUUAUGCUACUUGGAAGUUUUUGGUUGUCCUGGUAAUAAAGCCGUGGUUUCAUUCAAAUGGUCCUUCGAGUGAAAUGAAAGCAAUGAUCAAUCGUCGACAUUAUGUUGCUCUAUCUACCCACAUUCUCAUUUCACAAAGAUGAGGAAUUCUUGGUACUCGGAUGAUUUCUCAUGCUUUUGGAUUUCUUUAUGUCCAUCAGUUUUGAGUUUCGUUUUUUGAUUUUCUGUUUCAGCAUUAUCAUUUCUCUUGAUGUACUGUGUUUGUGGUAUGUGAUAGAUACAUGUUUAAUUUUAAUGUUGCUGGUGACUCAAUAAUCAAUUAAACACUUAAGUUUGGUUAA